AUGCCAUUGGGAUUGGGGAGAUUAACAAAUCUGCAGACUUUAUCAACUUUCGUUGUGGGAAAUGAUGAACGAAGGAGAUGUUCCUCAUUGAAUGAGUUGAAUAGCCUAAACCAGCUUACAGGUACAAUCUCCAUUCGACGACUUGAAAAUGUGAAAAAUGCUGCUUUGAAGUCCAACCAAGUAAAUCUCAAGGAAAAGAAGCACCUUCACUCCUUGAGAUUGGAAUGGGGAGAUAGCGAUGGUGGAAAUAGUGAGUUGCUGUUGGAUAAUCUACACCCUCACCCGAAAUUGAAAUACUUGGAUGUUCAGCGCUAUGGAGGUUUGAGGUUUUCAAAUUGGCUUUCUUCUAUCACAAAUCUUGUCGAUAUUACUUUAUAUAAAUGUCCAAAAUGUGAGCAUCUGCCGCCGUUGGACAAUCUGCCUCAUUUGGAAUCUCUCUGUCUUAUUCAGUUUGAUUCUCUGGAGUACAUAUCAGAUGAAGAUAAUUUAUUCUCUGCUUUAUCUGCAUCAACAACAACAUUCUUUCCAUCCCUAAAGCUUCUUAACAUUGACUUUUGCCGUAAUCUGAAAGGGUGGUGGAGAACAUGUAUGGAAGCUAAGAUGGUGCCUCAAUUUCCUUGUCUUUCUCGCUUAAUCAUCUCAAAUUGCCCUAACUUGACUUUAAUGCCAACAUUUCCAUCUCUGGACACGGAGCUUUCUCUUUCCUAUGUCAGCAUAAGACCAUUGCAGCGGACAUUGCAGAUGGCUGCAAUGGGUUCUACGUUACCAUCAGCCUCUUCUUCAGUUACUGCUCCUUUUUCAAAAUUAAAGACUUUGUGGUUACAGGGUAUUGAGAAUAUAGCAUCUCUACCUGGUGAGUGGACGCAGAACCUCAGCUUCCUUGAGGAACUAUAUGUGGACUACAAUAUGGAAAUUAGUGAUGAGGAUGAACAUGGGAUAUUUAAAUGGAGAUGUCUUGUUAGUCUCCGACGUCUCACUCUUUCUAAUCUAUCAAAUCUUGUGUCUCUACCAAGGGAGCUUCAAUAUGUUACCACAUUGCAGCGUCUCUCUAUCUGGAGUUGUUCUAAUUUGAGGGCUUUGCCUGAUUGGAUAGGCAACCUCACAGCACUUGAAAAUCUAAAUAUCUAUGACUGCCCUGAAUUGGAAUCGCUAUCAAGAGGAGUGCGUCAAAUCACUACUUUACAACGAUUGAGUAUUAGAGGUUGCCCCCGUUUGUCUGAAAGAUGCGGACACGAUACUGCUGCAGAUUGGCCCAAUAUUUCUCACAUUCCAAAUGUCUGGAUAGAUGGACGUGCUAUUCAAGAGGAGGGCCGAUAUUUAUUAUUACUACUCUGUUCUGUCUUCAUCUUAUCUUCCACAGUUAAUAACUUUGAUUUGGAGGGAAUAGAUGCAAUUGUGAUUUGGACUGCAGGGAAUAGAUGA